UGGUGGAGAUGCUGGGUAUUAAACAUAGGGACCUUCUGCAUGUAAAGCAGAUUCUCAACCACUGAGCCAUGGCCUCAUCACAAAUUAUAAGGGAAAGGAAUGAGGGAUAGGGCGAUUCCUGCAAACUGCUGCACCUAGCUGACACCAGUGAAGAGGGCACCAUGCCUCCAGAGAUGUCUGACAUCAUCUGCCGCCUCUGGAAGGACACGGGCAUCCAGGCCUGUUUUGUGAGGGCCUCAGAAUAUCAGCUGAAUGAUUCAGCCAGCUAUUACCUGAGUGACCUGCCACGGCUGGUGACACCUGGAUACAUCCCUACAGAGCAGGAUGUUCUACGCUCCAGGGUCAAGACUACAGGCAUCACUGAAACUAAGUUUUCCUUCAAGGAUCUCAAUUUCAGGAUGUUUGAUGUGGGGGGCCAGCGCUCAGAAAGAAAGAAGUGGAUUCAGUGUUUCAAGGGAGUCACCUGCAUCAUCUUCAUCGCUGCCCUCAGCGCUUACGACGUGGUCCUUAUGGAGGAUAAUAAAGUGAAUCGCAUGCAUGAGAGUCUGCACCUGUUCAACAGCAUCUGUAACCACCAAUACUUUGCAGCCACUUCUAUUGUUCUUUUCCUCAAUAAGAAAGAUGUUUUCCGGGAAAAGAUCAAGAAGGCUCAUCUCAGCAUCUGCUUUCCGGAUUAUGACGGGCCCAAUACAUAUGAGGAUGCAGGUAACUACAUCAAGGGCCAGUUCCUGGAGCUGAAUGUGAGGCGGGAUGUCAAGGAAAUCUACUCACACAUGACCUGUGCAACUGAUACACAGAAUGUCAAGUUUGUCUUUGAUGCAGUCACUGACAUCAUCAUCAAAGAGAACCUCAAGGAUUGUGGCCUCUUCUGACAGCAGUCACUUGGGUUCCUAGGCUGGCCGACUAAGU